AGUACUCGAGGACCACACGCUCAGGUUGUCUCACGUGACGCCGGCAGACGAGGACACGUACAUGUGUGAGGCCGUCAACGUGGUGGGCACUGCGAGGGCCAACGCCUCACUCACCGUCUACUCCGCUCCGGAGUUCCUCGUGCAACCUGAAGACGUAACCGUCGAGGAAGGCGCAUCGGCGGCUUUCGAGUGUCUGGCUGUUGGUCGCCCGCCACCGCUGGUAGUUUGGAGCCGCCGUGACGACCUUAAACUGCUGCUGCCGCGCGCCAGUCCACCCUCGGCCGACCAAGAAGACUCGCCCAACAUUUGGGUCAAUGUAGAGGGCACCCUCAUCAUCAGUAAGGUACGUCGGGACCAGGCUGGAUGGUAUACCUGUGCCGCCGUGUCGGCGUCGGGGUCUAUCGUGUCACGGGCGUUACUCAGAGUGCCCGCCACUACCCGCCUCCCGCCACCCUUGCUGGCAGUGCGUCCCAGCGAUGUAUCAGUAGCGAGGUCCUCCGUUGCCAUGUUCCGGUGUCAGGCCCAGGGCGACCCGACGCCGUCCAUAGCCUGGCUGAGGGAGGGCGAUGAUACGCCCAUACCCGCCGACCACCCGCGCUACACCGUCCUCGGGUCUGGCACUCUGCAGAUCAGCGACGUACGGCCGUCAGACGUUGGCAAGUUCUGGUGUCGGGCGACGUCAGCGUCAGGCAGCUCGUCAGCCUCUGCCACGCUGACCCUGCUGCUGCCAUCAGCUGCCCCGCGCCCCACGCCCAGCCCCACGCAACUACCGGGACCUCCCUCAGCUCCCAGAUUGCGGAGUCACAACGCGACCGCCAUAACCGUGUCGUGGUCACCGCCUCACCAGGAGGGCGACUCUCCCAUUACCAACUACGUUCUUGAGGUUUGGGGCGGACAGUUCGAGCGUUGGACGGAGCUGACCGAGCACAUCCCUGCUGAGAGCUACACGCUGAGCGGCCUGCUGCCGGACACGCAAUAUCGGGCCGCCGUCAGAGCCAUGAACCUCGUGGGCACAUCUCCCGCCUCGCCAGUUUCCGAGGCACUGAUCACGUCGCACUCGGACACCUCUCAGCCCGUGGCCGACAUGGGCAUCGAUUCUGCCCUCAUCGCUCGCGACAACGAGGACCACAGGGGAGUUGGCAACGGAAGCCCUGUGAUAGGAAGUGAUAGAGAUGGAGGUUCUGCAAAAACUGGUGACGCCUCCAGUAGUGGGAACGAAGGCGUCGAACGCAUAAGGUCCGUUUUGGCUCAUCCUCUGGUGACACUCCAGGAGCCGACCGCGAUUUCGUCGUCGGCCAUCAGGAUUCAGUGGAAGGUACUGGAGCACGAAGAGGUAAUGGAGGGAUUCUACAUCAUGUACAGAGACUUGGCCUCUGCUAACCAUCGUUUCGAGACGGCAGAGGUCCGCUCCAGAGAUAUAACUUCCCAAACAAUAUCCGGACUGCAAGCGUACACUCAUUAUGAAAUAUUCGUGAUUCCUUUCUCCGGCAGCGUACACGGCCACCCCUCGAAUUCUAGGGUUGUGCGAACUCAAGAGGACGUGCCCACAGGAACUCCCACUGGCCUCUCAUCUUUGGUGUUGAACGACACGAGUGCCGUAAUAUCCUGGAAGCCGCCUCGAGCCACAGACCUUCACGGCCCUCUUGUCUCGUUCUCAAUGUGGCUGCGACAGAACGAAACAAGCCCUCAUAGCAACCUUACCCUCAGACCUGAUCUUCUGAGCGUCACCUUGCACAACCUGACUCGAGGAGCCAGAUAUACGGUGUCCCUGGCAGCUCAAACCAGGUUGGGCAGCGGUCCGCACUCGGACCCGUACCGCUUCGUGCAGGACCCGACCCUGCCGUCGGGGGCGGGCAUGGGCCCCAGCAGGGCGCCGUCCCCGCUGCUGGCGGUGCUGCAGGGGCACUGGUUCCUGGGGGGCGCCGGCGCGGCUGUCGUCUUGGCGCUCUCCGUCUGCGUCGCCGUCAUCGCCGCCCGCCGCAGGAACAACGAGAAACGCGCGCUCGGUGGAUAUAAAAUGGAGCCACGAGGCAUGAACGGGUCCACGGGCAGCGGAAGCAACGGGCUUUGGAUUGAGAGAAGCGGCAGCAGCAACGGCAGCAACGCCAACACUCUCGACACCAAAGCUGACCCUAGCACUGAAAAGCUUCUUAACGCCGUCAGCAUUACUCCGGCCGAGUAUGUUGAGGUCUUUGCCACACCCACGCAUGUCCUGCAGAACAACUUGCAGAAUCCUGCCACCUCGCCGCUUCAAAGCCAUCGAAACUUGAUAAACCAACGUGAACUGCAGGACCAACGAGACCUGCAGAACAACCGUGACCUGCAAAAUCUGAAAAACCGAGGAAUGUCUCCAUGCUCCCAGGAACAACAGCCCGAGACUCCCGUAGCGUACGCCACCACCAGCAUUAUACGCAACAGAAAUAAGGGGACACUCACCCCUAACAUCAUGGCCGCGCCCCCGGGCAACGACUACACCUCAGCAUCGCAAGUCCCCAACCACAACCUGGCUCUCUACUGCACACUUAAGAAACAACAGCAAAAAGACGAACAACAGCUGCAGCAGCAGCGACAAUUUAUACCUUCCCCGCACAACCCUCACGGGGCUGCUCAUCGCGGGUACUUCUCCCCGUGGGAUCAGUACGCUCCCCCCCUGCCCCAACACCCUCCGCCCGACCCUCCCCACGCCUCUCACUUGCUCCCCCAGACACAGCGUCGCCAGCAGAGCCCCUUGGUCGCCAGGGUAUCGCAGCACAAGCCUCAAGCGCACUCAACAGCAUCUCUGCCCCGCCAGCCCUGCGCGGCUCCAAGUCCACUCGUCAAACGCGGGGUCAACACCGGCGACUUUGAUGGCCUGGAAAUUUCCUCCUCAUCCUCCCCCCGACACGAGCUCUCUGAUUCCUCGUCUCAAGUUAUUCCCGGUCUGCAAGGUCUUCAGGGUCUAAGCGGGUCUAGGGUUAUUGGAGCCACUUCCGCGGCUCGAUUUGGACCUCGGGAGACCUCGAACUUAAACCCACCCAUUCCUAAUUCAAGCUUGGACAUGUCAGGACCUCCUAAAAACUUGAGGUUCGGUGAGGUAAUCCCCACGACUGUGAGGCGUUCUGACAUGUAUAACAGUUAUCAGACCCCUGCAGUGUUGCAAUAUGACGAUCAGCCCAGGUUCUCAGACCUUUCAAUGUAUGACGGUACUGAUGCGCCGUAUUCAGAACGCAAUGCAUUCUACGAGUCUGCCUCCAUAUUCUAUGGCACGCCGUCCGAUGCCAAGAACAAUCAAGCGCCGAGACACAAUCCUGUCAGCAACUCGGACAGACCCCAGCAAAUGGAAUCAGUGGCACGGUAACGUCGUCGCGUAUUUUUCGCUCUCUUUUCUUAACAUUGACAUGUUUACGUCCUAAUCUCUUAGUUCUUCAUUCUUUUGUUGACUUCAGCUAUUUGCUCUGUUAUCCUCGUUUUUUAUGUUGAUGUUACAUUAUCUCAGAAUUUACUCGACAUACAUGGAUUUCACUUAUUUUCUUCGUAGAAGAACGAAGAAUUCAAAUUUUGCACUUAUAAGCUCUCUUAAUGUGGCCAAUUGUACGUGAAUUUGGAACUUGAUGUCAUAUCUCGAUGUGCCAUACUGGGGUAAAGUAUCCUGCCUUCUACUCCUUCUAUUGCUUCAUGCAACUUGUUCGAUUGACUUAUCAAAGUCAAAGACUUUGUCCACCUCUGAACGUUGAGUAUUCAGCUAAUAUUAUUCAUGAUAUUUUCUGCGUUUUUUUCUGCCCCCUCCGAUUUUGAUGUUUUUGUACCCUAUUGUGCUCAAUUUGUUUUUCUUUGUUCUUUACAUUAUUGCUCAUUUAUACAUACUUUUUCUUCUGACGAGCCAAGUAUGAGAACUAUUAUUAGUAUGCUGAAGGGAGUGAAUUCUACACGCCUUAUUGUACAUUAUAAAAGAUUUGUUUCUGUCUAAGAGAACAUGACAUUUUCGUUAUCGAAUAUCUACACAUCUUGCAUUUAGAAUUGUGUAAGUAAUUCUAAGCAUUGAGGCUUUACACAUCCUUGCCUUCCUCAUAACUUACUGUAUGUCGUGUGUGCGUGUAUACUAGGAGGACCUGUUGUCCGGCUUGUCGAUUUAAAUGAAAUAUAUAUCAGUAGAUAAGGUAAUUCUCAUCGAAGUAGAAUUGCAUAUAAGUCGGAAAAUCUUCUAGUCAGAUGUUGAACUAUCAUGUAUAUUGUGUUA